AUGUACGACCCGGACAAGUGUUAUUUAUUCCAGGACGAAGGCGUUUACCGACUUCCACUGGAUUUGUUCAAACGUACCGAUAAUCAUCUGAUUGUACAACGAGCCAGCGAGACACUGUUCCUAUAUGACUGCAACGAGAGUCAGACAGUAGUAAAGCGGAGUCGUGCCGGGGUGAAAUUACUGGUUACAACGUCCCCUAGGCGGUCACGAUAUGCUGGAUUUCAGAAACAGGCCUAUCCGUCGAGUUUUAUUAUGCAAACGUGGACGUGGACCGAGAUUUAUUUGUCUCGCUGCAUGGCUAAACAGCAGCGUUCUACAGUAGAAUUGGCUGAAGCAUAUGGGAGAUAUGGAGGGUCAGCACGAAACUUACUCAAAAAGGAAGAACACGAGGUCAAGCAAGAACUGGAUCGAGCAAUAGGCGUCUUCAAUUCAUUGGCAGGGAGACUUGCAGAAGCAGUUUCGGCAACCCAGAAUGAGAUGGUGCGAGUAGCGCAAGUCCCUCAAAAUUGA